GUAAAAACCAAAAUAACGCGAAAAUAGUUAUUCGCUGGUUUGCCUGCCGGUGCGCAUUGCUGCUGCAUCGACUGGCCUUUUUUCCGUGUGCAACUGGGCACUCAAAGCUCAGCUAUUUGUCCAUAUUGAUGCUCCGCGAUUGCCCAAGGAGCUUGAUUUCCAGCAUGAACUUGGCAGCUCGUGCCGCGCGUUUUCCAUCGGAGAGAAUCUGCAUCAGAUCGACCGUCCAUCCAUUCUCCUUCCGCCAGGCGCCGCGCUCAUACUUGAACCAGGGGCACGCAAACAGAACGUGGGGCGACUGUCUGCUCUCUCACUUCACACUGACAGUCUCCGUCAUCGAUUUCGGGAAUUCCUCUUCUAUUAAGGGAUUGUCGUAGUCCUAUGUGGCCUGUACGCAUUUGUGUUAUGAUGGAAGAAAUGGGCUCGUCCAGCUUGGAGUGAACUUCAGUGGUCUUCUUGGAUGGUGUGUCCACGAUGCUAAAGAGCGUGCGAUCCCGGGUACCAGUGGCCUCCGAGCCCAUUUAUAUAUCAAUAGGUACAAGUUUGGGCGAUACACCCAAAAUAUCGGUCUGCAGACGUUGUUCUCUGUUCCAGAGGGUAUCUUGAACUACUGGGGCUCCAAUACAAUUGCGUUGAUCCACUGAAACGUGUCUCGAACUGG